UUGUCUAAUCCUUUGUGAAAUCACUUAUAUUUUUCUACAAAGCACGUGUAUUUCUUUGGUACUGCAUUGGUUAUAUGGCCAACCGCUCUUUUUCUUGUUUCUAAAGGCACAGCGACUCUGCAAACGCUGUGGCCAGGCGUGGAGAGCUGCAACACUUGAAGGCUGGAAACUCUAUCAUGACCCCAAUGUUAAUGGAGGAACAGAAUUAGAACCUGUUGAAGGGAAUCCAUAUAGAUGCAUUUGGAAAAUAAGUUGUUGGAGAAUGGCAGAAGAUGAGCUCUUUAAUAGACAUGAGAGAGCAAUGUACGCAGCUCUAAGUGGGAAUCUCAAGCAGCUGCUUCCUGUCUGUGAUACUUGGGAGGACACAGUGUGGGCCUACUUUAGGGUGAUGGUGGACAGUCUGGUUGAACAGGAGAUCAGGACAUCAGUAAUGACUCUGGAUGAAACCGAAGAACUCCCUAGAGAGUAUUUGGAAGCAAAUUGGACCUUAGAAAAGGUUUUUGAAGAACUUCAAGCUACUGAUAAAAAGAGAGUUCUAGAAGAGAAUCAAGAACAUUAUCAUGUAGUUCAAAAAUUCCUUAUCCUGGGAGACAUUGAUGGUUUGAUGGAUGAAUUUAGCAAAUGGCUUUCUAAAAGCAGGAACAGUCUACCUGGACACCUCCUCCGCUUCAUGACUCACCUCAUUUUGUUUUUCCGCACUCUGGGACUACAGACCAAAGAAGAAAUUUCCAUUGACGUUUUAAAGACAUAUAUACAGCUUUUAAUAAAUGAGAAACAUACAAAUCUCAUAGCAUUUUAUACCUGUCAUUUGCCUCAAGACCUUGCUGUUGCCCAGUAUGCAUUAUUUUUGGAAGGUGUUACAGAGUUUGAACAGCGCCACCAUUGCCUGGAGCUGGCCAAAGAGGCAGAUUUGGAUAUUGCAGCUAUAACAAAAACUGUAGUUGAGAAUAUUCGAAAGAAAGAUGAUGGUGAAUUCAGUCAUCAUGACCUGUCCCCAGCGCUGGAUACGGGUACUACUGAGGAAGACCGAUUAAAAAUUGAUGUAAUUGACUGGUUGGUGUUCGACCCAGCACAGAGAGCAGAAGCACUAAAGCAAGGCAAUGCGAUAAUGAGGAAAUUCUUGGCCUCAAAAAAGCACGAAGCUGCAAAAGAAGUAUUUGUGAAAAUUCCUCAGGAUUCAAUAGCAGAAAUCUAUAACCAGUGGGAGGAGCAAGGAAUGGACAGCCCACUUCCUGCUGAAGAUGAUAAUGCUAUCCGAGAACAUUUGUGCAUCAGAGCUUACUUGGAAGCCCAUGAAACCUUUAAUGAGUGGUUUAAGCAUAUGAAUUCAGCUCCACAAAAACCUACCUUGACAACUCAAGCAACUUUUACUGAGAAAGUGGCCCAUGAACACAAAGAAAAGAAAUAUGAAAUGGAUUAUGGUAUUUGGAAAGGGCAUUUGGAUGCCCUAACUGCUGAUGUGAAGGAAAAAAUGUACAAUGUCUUGUUGUUUGUUGAUGGAGGGUGGAUGGUGGAUGUUAGAGAGGAUGCUGAGGAAGACCAUGAAAGAACACAUCAAAUGGUUCUACUGAGAAAGCUUUGUCUGCCGAUGUUGUGUUUUCUGCUUCACACCAUAUUGCAUAGUACUGGUCAGUAUCAGGAAUGCCUGCAGUUAGCAGAUAUGGUGUCCUCUGAGCGCCACAAACUGUAUCUGGUGUUUUCUAAGGAAGAAUUAAGGAAAUUGCUACAGAAGUUAAGGGAAUCCUCUCUGAUGCUCCUCGACCAGGGCCUUGAUCCACUAGGAUAUGAAAUUCAGUCAUAAUUCAUUCAGUCUUUGUAAUCUAGAUAAUUUCCAUGAUAAAGGGAGUGUUUUUGUAAAAUACAUGUAUUUAUAAUUACUGGUUUUUUUUCUUUUCCAUUACCAUGGGGAAACUGUAAAAUUUAGGCAUUGAAUUUUGUACUUUUAAGAAUAUUAUGGUGAGACUUUGAAAAUUUAAUGUAUUAUAUCAUUUCCCUGUGUUUAUUAAUAAAACUAUAUAAAAACUAAAAUUUUUGUUCAUAUGAAUUCCA